AGUCAGUUAUUUAUGUUCGAGCUGUUCGUUAGUCAUACUGUGAAUUUAUUUAUUUAUAUUUUUAAUACUGACUCUAAAUUUACUUUUUAUAAUUUAUCAGCUUGCUAAACUAUGCAUAAAGUACACACAAGAUAUCGUUAUUUUAUUCAGUUAAUCGUCUUUAUUUUAAUUAAUCAUGCAAAUGGUAUAGAUUACGGCCUUUAUCGCAAUGACACUGUACCAUCUUUAGUCUCCGUGUCAUCAAAGGUCCCCACGCUCGAAUCGCUUCUCGAGGGUCAAUUAUCUUCUCCAGUAAACACACCGCAAUUAAUUACCGAACAUCUACUACAAUAUGGCGGACUAGUGCGAUCUCAAUUGCUCGCAAAACUCGGCUCCCAACUCUACAACAGCAACGAGGAUCUCACAAUAACUGAACUUACGGCUCUGAAUGACAUCUACCAGCAAACACUCGAGCGAAAAUACAAUUUGCUCUCAAUUUUACCGACCUCGAAUUCAACUCUUCAGGAAAUCUGCGCUAACCUAAAAACACCAUCAUUAAUUUCGAGCGCUAAAAUUUGUCAAAAAAUAACUAAAAGGAUUAAUUUAACUUUUCCCCCACUAUCAGUAGAAAAAAUUCCACCAAAUUUAUCUAUCGACGCCAUUUUUACGCAACUCAAAAAUAAUAAAUUAGAGUUAACAAAUAAUUUAUUCGUCGGCCUGUUACUUCACAUUCCAUUUAAUAAUUACGAUGCAAAAACUCAUAAUUCACUUCGUCACUUGAUUUAUUCUCUUAUUAAUUCAAAUUUAAAUAUCAAUAAUAAUAAUAAUAAUACAAAUUAUUCAUCAAUUACCGAAUUAAUUCGUAGUAAUUUAAAUGCAAUAAAUUCUUACGAAUUAAUUCCAUUUGCAAAAUAUUUAUCCGAGCAAUUGAAUACCGAAUUGCUACCAAUUAAUUCGAAUAUCGAGUCAUUAAGCGCAAUAUUCGAUAACGACAAAAUAAAUUUGAAAUAUUUAUUAGAGACCAUUUUACCCAACGAUACGUUGGACAAAGAUUUGAUUGAAGCGAAAACUUAUUUGCGUCAUAAAUUGGAUGGCGUCAAAAAUUGGGACAUUAAUCAAUUAAUCGGAUCCGAAAAAUACGAAUAUUUGAGACCAGACGAAUUAUUAAUCGCGUUGUUUGACAAAUUAAUUGACAUUGACUACUUACGCGAUAUCGCGAGUGCGUUAAAAAUUGACGCUCACUUUUGGCACAAAAGUCACAUGAUUGAAAAUUUAAACGAUUUGUUGGAUUUAUUCGAUUCUUAUAAUAAUUUACGGGGAAUUAAUGACUACAGAGAAUUAACUCGAACAAUCGGAAGAAUAAAACACUAUUUGGUUAAUAGUAAAAAUGUAACGAUUGAGUUAAUGUGCACGAGACCGAGGGCCUGUUUGAAAGAGGGAUUAAAAAUGGUUAGAGAUUGCAAAGGCAUUAAUGAAGAAACAAAAAUAUUAAUUAAUACAUUUUUUGAACAAUCAAAAGAUUGCUCAGAUUGUUUGAGAUCUGAUUGUAAAAUUAAUGAUGUUACUGAAUCACAAAAUGGCGGCGAGCUCGAAAUGGCGACUACUGAAAAGAGCGGGGUUACUAUUGGAGAUUGUGAAAAUAGUGAAGAUUGUGAGGACAAUGAUGUAAAAUCGACGUUAGGUUAUAAUUAUGAAAAAUUGAAGAAAAUAAAGAAAAUAAAAAUAAAAGAACAUGAGGAAAAGGAAAAUAUUGAAGUUACAACGGAAAGUACUCAAACGACGAAAAGUUUUAGAACUCUUGAGGAAGAUAAAUCGGAAAGACCUAUAUUAGAAAUUUUGGAAAAGUCUAAAUUGGAAGUUACGGAAAAUCCAAUAGUAGAAAUGACGGAGAGUCCGAUUGUUUUGCCGAAAAUAGAAUCAAUACCGAUCGAGUCAAUAAAGUUAGAUGCACCUUGUACUACGCCAGAUUGUAUGGAAAAACCUGCUUGUACUACACCAGAUUGUAUGGAAAAACUAACUUGUACUACCCCAGAUUGUAUGGAAAAACCUGCUUGUACUACACCAGAUUGUAUGGAAAAACCGGCUUGCACGACACCUGACUGCAUGGAAAAACCAGCAUGUACUACCCCAGAUUGUAUGGAAAAACCUGCUUGUACUACACCAGAUUGCAUGGAAAAACCUGCUUGUACUACACCAGAUUGUAUGGAAAAACCAGCUUGCACGACACCUGACUGCAUGGAAAAACCAGCAUGUACUACCCCAGAUUGUAUGGAAAAACCUGCUUGUACUACACCAGAUUGUAUGGAAAAACCUUCUUGUACUACACCAGAUUGUAUGGAAAAACCUUCUUGUACUACACCAGAUUGUAUGGAAAAACCAGCAUGCACUACUCCAGAUUGCAUGGAAAAACCAGCUUGCACGACACCUGACUGCAUGGAAAAACCAGCAUGCACUACCCCAGAUUGCAUGGAAAAACCUGCUUGUACUACACCAGAUUGUAUGGAAAAACCUGCUUGUACUACACCAGAUUGCAUGGAAAAACCUGCUUGUACUACACCAGAUUGCAUGGAAAAACCUGCUUGCACUACACCAGAUUGUACGGAAAAACCGGCUUGCACGACACCUGACUGUAUGGAAAAACCAGCAUGUACUACCCCAGAUUGUAUGGAAAAACCUGCUUGUACUACACCAGAUUGCAUGGAAAAACCUGCUUGCACUACACCAGAUUGUACGGAAAAACCGGCUUGCACGACACCUGACUGUAUGGAAAAACCAGCAUGUACUACCCCAGAUUGUAUGGAAAAACCUGCUUGCACUACUCCAGAUUGCAUGGAAAAACCUGCUUGUACUACACCAGAUUGUAUGGAAAAACCUGCUUGCACAACACCAGAUUGCUUGGAAAAGCUAACUUGUACUACACCUGAUUGCAUGGAAAAACCUCAAAUUUCCACCAAACCGAUCGUUGAAAAACCAAAAACCAAAAUAAUCUGCCAUCAUCGCGAUCCAUACCAUCGUAAAAAAAUUCGAAAGUUGAAUAAAAUUCGUAAUUUAUCAAAAGUUAAACUGGUUUCGAAUUCCGAGCCGACUGAAAAAAUAAAUGUUACGACUAAUAAUAAUAAUAAUGUGAAUAUUGUUAAUAGCGGAUACUCAGUCGCAAUGGAAGAAAAAAAUAAAUUAAAAAUAAACGAGACAGUAAAUAAAGUAAAAUUGAAUCCGAUUUUAGAAAAAAUGGUUAAAAAAAAAUCUGACAUUAUUCAUAAUGCAGGUUCGCAUCUUUUAGGCGGUAAAUUCGGAUUAAGGCGCGAAAAUUCGGCAAGAAAUUUAAAUUCAAAUGUGAAUGUUAAUUCGAAUUCCAAUAAAAAUUCUGAACAAUUAAAAACUCGAAUUUUCGAUUCCGACGAAUCGAUGAGCAAAAAUUCCGACAGUUCAGACAGUAGUUCGAAUUCCGAUUCAAAUUUGAAUGAAAAUGAACGCGAGCAUUCAAAUUAUUACAAAAAUUUGAAAAAAAAAAAAUCUAAAAAAUAUUCGAAGAAAUACAAAAAAUCGAAUAACAUGAGAAAAAAAAGUCAUAAAAAAAUGAGUUAUUACAAUGAGGAAAUAAAAGAAGAGAAAAAAAAUUACAAAAAUCGUGAAAGUAUUGAAUCAAUUAGAAAAAAUAAAUCAAAAAAAUCGAGAAAUCAUGAGGAAAAAAAAUUAAGGAGCAGAAAUGAAAAUGUAAAUAAUAACGAUAACGAAUUACGUGAAAAUUCGACGCGGGCUAAUGGCACUUUGGCCGCCAAUCGAAUGUUGGAUGUGGACAUGACAAAAUUUUUUAAUUUUGAGGUUAAGAGGGACGAAAAAGUGAAAGUGAAGUCACGCCGUGAUAAACGGGACGUUAAUGUCCGAAUAAAUGAAAAAAAAUCCGACGACGAGAACGAAAACACAAAUUUGGUCCGUCGAGCCAGCGAAAAAAGUGGAAUUUCGAGUAAAAAUGAGUCAGAUUUGAAUAAAAAAAACUCAACUGAAUCUGGGAGACGUUAUAUGGAUCUGAGUAUGCCAAAAUUUUUUAAUUUUGAAAUAAAAAGAGAUGAAACUGUGACGAAAACUAAAAAAACUAAAAGAUCGAUCCCUAAAUUUAUUAGAAAUUCUACUGAUUACGAUCAAGUGAAUAACAGAAUGUUUGAUAUCACGGCUCCUAAAUUUUUUAAUGUUGAGUUCAAACGGGACGAGACAAUUACUGAGGAAUAAUCUCAAUAAUAAUAAAGAUAAUUUUUUUUGUAAUUAUUCCGGAUUUUAUUUAUUUCUAGCCACGGUAACUCGGGUUCUAAUUGAUCAAAUUUUUGAACCUAAAAAUAUUUUCUUUGUUUGGAAUUUAUUUGGGGCCAGUUUGUAAUUCGCGGGAAAAUUUGAAUUCCAAAAAAUGGCGGGAAAGGUUUUGAAAACUUUCUUCGGAAGAUUUGAUAUACAGGAACGAAAAAAAUAGUGGUGGGGGGGGGGAAUAAAUUUUGGAAAAUUUGGUGGAAAAAUUAAGAAAAGUUGUAAGAAAAUUAAAUUUUACAUGUAAAAAAAAAUGUUUUUUUUUAAAGGUCAAUAAAAAAAAUUAAUUUAGUACUUUUAUUGUUUUUAUUUAUAUUUUUUUUAUGAUCCGAUAAAUUUGUUAAUUUGUUAUUAAAAAAUAAAUGAAUAUUUUUUAUUGAGCGAUUUAUUGGAUUGAGUGAUUAAAUAAAAUAAUAGAUGGAUGAAAAUAAUGUAGACUUUUUUUAACGACUUUUUUUAUUUAACGAGAGGUGAAAUUGAAAUUAACUAGAUAGGUGAUCAUUAUUUUAUUAACUGUGAUAAUAAUAAUUCCAAGAAUAUAUAUGAAAAAUAUAUUUA